UCAAAAACACUCACAAGUAUCUCUCUCUUCUCAUUCUUCGUCUCCACAGCCCAUACUCCUCCGGCGCGGCGCUCAUCACCGAUGAUGGACGGCUCCGGCAACUCUCUGGCCACGGCGGCGUGCUCCGACGGCACGAAGCGCCGGGUGUGCUACUUCUACGACUCCGAGGUCGGCAACUACUACUAUGGCCAAGGCCACCCCAUGAAACCCCAUCGGAUCCGCAUGACCCACGCCCUCCUCGCCCACUACGGCCUUCUACAGAACCUUCAGGUCUACAAGCCCAACCCUGCACGCGAGCGUGACCUUUGCCGCUUCCAUGCCGACGAUUACGUCUCCUUCCUCCGCACCGUCACGCCGGAGACGCAGCAGGACCAGAUCCGUUCACUCAAGCGCUUCAACGUCGGUGAGGAUUGCCCUGUUUUUGAUGGCCUUUACUCCUUCUGUCAGACCUACGCCGGUGGUUCCGUCGGCGGCGCUGUCAAGCUUAACCAUGGCCAUGACAUCGCCAUCAACUGGGCUGGCGGUUUGCAUCAUGCGAAGAAGUGCGAGGCCUCUGGCUUCUGCUAUGUGAAUGAUAUCGUUCUUGCCAUUCUAGAGUUGCUCAAGAAGCACGAGCGUGUUCUUUAUGUGGAUAUUGAUAUCCACCAUGGGGAUGGUGUAGAAGAAGCCUUCUACACAACUGAUAGAGUGAUGACUGUGUCGUUCCACAAGUUUGGUGAUUAUUUCCCUGGGACUGGGGAUAUACGCGAUGUUGGAUAUGGGAAAGGGAAAUACUACUCGUUAAAUGUUCCUCUGGAUGAUGGGAUUGAUGAUGAGAGCUACCAGUCUUUGUUCAAGCCCCUCAUAGGAAAGGUUAUGGAGGUUUUCCGGCCUGGUGCUGUGGUGCUUCAGUGUGGUGCGGAUUCCUUGUCAGGGGACCGAUUGGGUUGUUUCAAUCUUUCCAUCAAAGGUCAUGCUGAGUGUGUAAGGUAUAUGAGAUCCUUCAAUGUGCCUUUGUUGCUGCUAGGGGGUGGUGGGUAUACCAUCCGUAAUGUUGCUCGUUGUUGGUGCUAUGAGACUGGAGUUGCACUUGGCGUGGAACUCGAUGACAAGAUGCCUCAACAUGAAUAUUUUGAAUACUUUGGGCCAGAUUAUACACUUCAUGUGGCGCCAAGUAACAUGGAGAAUAAAAAUUCUCGUCAACUACUGGAUGAUAUAAGAUCAAAGCUUUUAGAUAAUCUUUCCAAGCUUCGGCAUGCCCCUAGUGUCCAAUUUCAGGAACGUCCCCCUGAAACAGAAUUCCCAGAGGCUGAUGAGGAUCAAGAGGAUCCAGAUGAAAGGCAUGAUCCUGAUUCUGAUAUGGAUGUGGAUGACCCUAAGCUUCCAGAUGAACCAUCACGCAAAACUCCAUCUACCAGUAUCCAGAACAUAAGAAUCAAGAAGGAAGUUGGUGAAAAUGAGCUAAAAGAGCAGGAUGCUCAAAAAGGGACUUCAGAACACAUUAAAAAUGGGGAGGUGAUGACCGAGGAAAUUCCUUCUGCCAAGGCUUCUGAAGCUGGACCAAUGUCCAUAGACGAAUCAAACAACGUCAAAAUGGAAGAAGAUAAUCGAAACAAACUACCAGAUGCACCUGUUUCCACAUUUCCAAAAUCCUGAUGAUGCAGGAAAGUAACUUAACAUUAUUCAUUCUAUCGACAUCAACCGAAAAUUAGAGAGCUGUGAA